CUCCCACCCCGAGCCAGCGCUGCCACCGGGGAGGGGCGGGAGGCCCGGAGCCCCUCGGGACUGCACCGUACAGGACAGGACAGGACGGGGUGCGGAGAGCAAGCGAGAGGACGGGCGAGCGCACGCCCCACAGCAGCCGCCCCAGCAGUGGACCGCGGGCCGGCUGGCCAGGCAAGCGGGAGGAAGCCAGCCGGGCGGGCCGGCGGGCAGGGGAGGGGCGGGCGUGCCAUGCUGCUGCCGCCGCCGCCACCGCCGCCGCCGCUGCUGCUGCUGCUGCUGCCGCCGCCGCCUUUGUGCAAAGUUGGGCAGCGGCUGGCGGGCGGCGGCAGCGCGCGGCGCCCCGUGCGCCCCCGGGCCCCGAGCUGUGGCUGCUAGAGCACACGCCCCCUGGCCGCCCCCUGCCCCCCUUGCCUGCCUGCCUGCCUGCUAGCCGCUGCCGGUCCCCCCGGCCCUCCUACGAGCCACCGCCAGCGACCACCAAGCGCCGCCCCGGCUCCAGGGCUCCCGGGUUCCCGGGCUCCAGGAUUUGGAUAAAUGGACACUGAUAUGGAUUACGAACGGCCCAACGUUGAAACCAUCAAGUGUGUCGUGGUUGGAGACAAUGCUGUCGGCAAGACCCGAUUGAUCUGUGCCAGGGCAUGUAACACCACCCUAACCCAGUACCAGCUGCUGGCCACUCACGUGCCCACAGUGUGGGCCAUUGACCAGUACCGAGUUUGCCAGGAGGUGCUGGAACGUUCUCGAGAUGUUGUCGAUGAAGUGAGUGUCUCUCUCAGGCUCUGGGAUACCUUUGGUGACCAUCACAAAGACAGACGUUUUGCAUAUGGCAGGUCUGAUGUUGUGGUUCUUUGCUUUUCGAUCGCUAAUCCCAACUCCCUAAAUCAUGUGAAAACCAUGUGGUACCAAGAAAUCAAGCACUUCUGCCCUCGCACCCCAGUCAUUCUAGUCGGCUGCCAACUAGACCUGCGCUAUGCUGACCUCGAAGCCGUGAAUCGAGCGCGACGCCCACUCGCCAGGCCUAUAAAGCGUGAAGACAUUUUGCCCCCAGAAAGAGGCCGAGAAGUGGCCAAGGAGCUUGGAAUCCCGUAUUAUGAAACAAGUGUGUUUGACCAGUUUGGGAUCAAGGACGUGUUUGAUAACGCAAUCCGAGCCGCACUGAUUUCCCGAAGACACCUUCAGUUCUGGAAAUCCCACUUGAAGAAGGUCCAGAAACCUUUACUCCAGGCACCAUUCCUACCUCCUAAAGCACCUCCACCGGUUAUCAAAAUCCCAGAGUGUCCCACCACGGGUAUGAAUGAAGCCGCCUAUUUAUUGGACAAUCCGCUGUGUGCCGACAUCAUGUUUGUCCUUCAGGAUGAGAAGCAUAUUUUUGCACACAAGAUUUACCUUGCUACCUCCUCUUCCAAGUUUUAUGAUCUUUUUUUAAUGGAAUGUGAGGAGUCUCCCAGUUUCCUUGAAGGCGCUUGUACAAAAGAAAAGCCCAGUCGGGAUUUUCCGACCAGGACUUUGGAUCUUGAUUCCGGGGAAGAAUGUAAGGAAACUGCCUCAAUCCCGUUAACUUCUGAGGACUGGACAUCCCAAAGUGAGGGCAUGUUGCAAAAGCCAGAGUUGGGAGCUAGAGACCUCUCUCCAAACGCCAGAGACUUGUCCACAUGGAGCAAAGGCUUCGUUGGCAUGCACAAAGAAAUGCUAGUCAACCCUAUUUCAAACAGAGUAGGUGUCGUGACUGUGGUCCGAAUGGACUCUUCCCUUCAAAUGGGCCCUUUCAGGACCCUGCUUCAGUUUCUUUAUACGGGACAACUGGAUGAAAAGGAAAAAGAUCUGAUGAGACUGGCUCAGAUCGCAGAGAUCUUAGAAGUAUUUGAUUUGCGAAUGAUGGUGGAAAAUAUCAUGAACAAAGAGGCCUUCAUGAAUCAAGAGAUCACGAAAGCGUUCCACGUCAGGAAAGCCAACCGGAUAAAGGAAUGCCUUAGCAAGGGGACAUUCUCGGAUGUGACAUUUAAGUUGGAAGAUGGGGUCAUAAAUGCCCACAAACCACUGCUUAUCUGUAGCUGUGAUUGGAUGGCCGCCAUGUUUGGAGGAUCAUUUGUGGAAAGCGCCAAAAGUGAGGUAGCCCUGCCCAGCAUCAACAAGCUGUCCAUGCAAGCCGUGCUGGACUACCUGUACACCAAGCAGUUGUCCUCUUCUCUGGACCUGGACGCACUUGAAUUAAUCGCCUUGGCAAACCGAUUCUGCCUGCCACACUUGGUCGCUCUUGCAGAGCAGCAUACCGUGCAGGAGCUGACCAAAAUGGCCGUGAGUGGGAUUGGCAUUGAUGGAGAGGUGCUGUCCUACUUGGAGUUGGCCCAGUUUCACAAUGCCCAUCAGUUGGCAGCGUGGUGCCUUCAUUACAUCUGCACCAACUACAACAGCGUUUGCGCCAAGUUUCGCAAGGAAAUCAAAGCAAAAUCUGCAGACAAUCAGGAAUACUUUGAGAGGCACCGCUGGCCACCCGUCUGGUACUUGAAGGAAGAAGAUCAUUACCAGCGUGUAAAGAAAGAGAGAGAGAAGGAAGACCUGGCCCUGAAUAAGCACCAUUCCAGACGGAAGUGGUGCUUUUGGCAUUCUUCCACAAUGGUAGCCUGAAUAAGCAAGGAGAGAAUCCUAGGAAAGACCCGCCCAUUCCCCCCAACCAACAGCAACAGCCACAACACUACUGUAAAAUUAGUCGUCAUCGUCGUCGUCUUAGAGAUGAGAUGUAGGUCAGGUUUCAGCCACUGAUUGGACUCUCCAUCUGUGCAUUUUAGAAUCCAGAAAUAUUAAAAGCACAAUCUCCCCAGAAAUGAGCCUGGACGACUGACUCUGAUGCUUAAAUUGCAUUCCUUCCACUAAUAUGUAUAUUUUUGGUUAGGGAGCGUAAUAAACUUAGUCCAUUAUGACAA